AUGCGGAGGUGGCAGCUGCUCAUCAUCCCCUCAAAAUUACGAGUUGUUGCAGCCUUGGUAAUAAUUCUGGCUCCUGAUCCCUCGAUUCAGUCUUACACGGAGUAUGUUCACAAUGAGCUGAGUGGCAAUAAGAAGCUGAUAGUGCAUUGUCGAUCCAAAGACGACGACAUUGGAGCUCAAAUCGUGGAUGUAGGCUCUGAUCUGCACUGGGAUUUCUUUGGUGGCGACAGAACACUCUUUUGGUGCAAGCUGGCGGUGGAAGAUCGACGACUCUCUUUCGACGCAUAUACUAAUUCAGAUGCAUAUGGCUCUAUUUGUUGUCGUGAUAUUCACUGGUCCGUGAGGGACGACGGGCUUCAUCUUUUGGAUUCGGAUGGCCAAGAAUUGAAGUCCCAUCGACAGGGAUGGAACCAUCCGUAG